CCCACGACACGGCGCGCAAAUAGACGCUAUUCGCCGUCUGCAUUUUCCACAUACUACACUCAACAGAAUAAUUUUCAGGUGUGAGUCAAGGCGCAAAUAGGUCCUAUUCGUUUUUUCGGUGUCCUGCAAAGGUAUAUAAUCAUGCCAUAUGGUCCUUUUGACCCUCGUCCACGAAGUUCCUCAAGUGUCACAUGACCAUAUCGCAGAACCGAUUUCGGAGUCUUGAAUACUUGCCCCGCCAAAACUAACCCUGGACAAUAAUUCUGUGAAAAGCCAACUGCACAAUCUCAUUGAGCUUCAAUUUCUCCCUUUAUCGUCGAUAAUCGAACCUCAACAUGGUGAAGUCGGUUGCUGGGUCUAAAGUCCUUCUUCUGGGUUCUGGUUUUGUCACCAAGCCCACAGUCGAUAUCCUCGACCAGGCUGGCGUUGAAGUGACUGUCGCCGCCAGACGUCUUGAAGGCGCCCAGAAGCUCGCUGCCGGAGGCAAGCACACCAAGGCAAUUUCUCUUGACGUGAACGACGCCGCUGCUCUUGAUAGGGAACUCGAGAAGGUCGACCUUGUCAUCUCCUUGAUUCCUUAUACGUACCACGCCACAGUCAUCAAAGGCGCCAUCCGCACAAAGAAGAAUGUUGUGACUACAUCAUAUGUGUCUCCCGCAAUGAAGGAGCUUGAGGAAGAUGCCAAAAAGGCCGGUAUCACAGUCAUGAACGAGAUUGGUCUGGAUCCGGGUAUCGAUCAUCUCUAUGCAGUCAAAACUAUCUCAGAGGUCCAUAAUGAGGGUGGCAAGAUUAUCUCCUUCCUCUCUUACUGCGGUGGAUUGCCAUCCCCUGAAGAUUCUAACAACCCACUCGGAUACAAAUUCUCUUGGUCGAGCCGUGGUGUUCUUUUGGCUCUCGGUAACGAUGCCAAGUACUACAAGAAUGGCGCAGAAUUCAGCGUCAGUGGUGAACAGCUCAUGGGCGAAGCCAAGCCUUACUUCAUCUACCCCGGAUACGCAUUCGUUGCUUACCCAAACCGUGACUCUACUCCUUACCGGGAGCGCUACAACAUCCCCGAAGCCCAAACUGUUGUCCGUGGUACACUCCGCUACCAGGGCUUCCCUCAAAUGAUCAAGGCACUCGUUGAUAUUGGUUUCCUCAAUGAGACCGAGCGUGAUUUCCUCAAGAAGCCAAUUCCAUGGCGUGAAGCCACCAAACAGAUCCUUGGCGCUACUUCUGACAAGGAAGCCGAUUUGCUCUGGGCGAUUUCUUCCAAGACUAACUUCCAAGAUAAUGACGAGCGCGACCGUAUCCUGACUGGUCUUCGCUGGAUUGGUCUUUUCUCAGACGAUGCUAUCACCCCACGUAACAACAUCCUUGACACCCUUUGCGCCACCCUCGAGCAGAAGAUGAAGUACGGCCCUACGGAGCGUGACAUGGUUAUGUUGCAGCACAAGUUUGAGAUUGAACACAAGGAUGGCUCGCGCGAGACACGCACUAGUACCCUUGUUGAAUACGGUGACACUAAAGGAUACUCCGCCAUGGCCAAGUUGGUUGGUGUCCCUUGCGGUGUUGCUGUCAAGAUGGUUCUUGAUGGCACUAUUAGCGAAAAGGGUAUUCUGGCUCCUAUGAGCAUGGAUAUCUGCGCUCCUCUCAUUAAGACUUUGAAAGAGGAGUAUGGUAUUGAAUUGAUUGAGAAGACCCUCUAAAUGUGAUGUUCAGCAUUAGAGAACAGUCAAUAAGGUGGAAAAGUUAUUAGAUUACAAAUGCACGACUUUAAGGACCUGUUAAAUUAUUUUGUA